CUGCUGAUCUCAGCUAGUCUCACAGUCUCUCUCUCUCUCUUUCUCUCCCUCUCUCUCUCUGUCCUCACUCUGUCUUUUCUCUCUCCUCUUCCACUGUCUUUCUGUCUUUUUCUUUCUCUAAGCGGCCCCCACUGCAGCCCAGGAGCUAUCCAGUGCUGAACGUGUUUUCAUUUUUUUCCCCCCUGUUUUUUUUUCUCCACGAAUGGGAGAGAGAGGGAGUGUAUGCAUGUGCGUGUGGUCCGUACAGUAGAGCACACACACAGCAUCGCAUUCGUCCAUCGUCUCUCUUCUUGCCUGCUCUCCAUUUUCUUUAUCUCCAUCCUUCAUUCUUUCAGUCCCUUUCUUUUUUCUUGGGUCCUUUCUUUCUUUAAGUUGAACAGAUACACGGAUACACGAUUCAGCUUUCGCUGCUGCACUGUUUUUUUUGCUCCAGGAGUCUUUUUUUCCCCCAAUUUUUCCCCUCUUUGACGUCCAUGCGUAGUGCUUCUUGUGUGCGUGAAUCAUGCCCCGCUCCUUUCUGGUGAAGAAGAUCAAGCUGGAUGAUUUCUCCUCGGCUCCUGUGGUGGCAUCUAACCAUCAUCAUCAUCAUCACCAUCACCUGGAUGAGUCCUUCACUUUCACGCGCUCUAUCACGGACUCUGUAACCAGUUUGGGCAUCCGGCUCAGUGAGAAUGGCUACAUCCAGGACUACAUCAGUCCAUCAGCCUAUCAGGGUGAGAAGAAGCUUAGCUCGGCUGUGUCUGACCCACUCUACGCUCCGGUAAACAGUGGAGGAGAGGAGUACUGUGAGCCAGACUUGGAGCAUCCGGACAGCCCUCAGUCCGGUCUGACGGCCCGUGGCUACUACAGUGGUGAGUCCGAAAGCCAGAGUGAUGGCUACACGGCAGACGGCUUCUUCAUCUCAGAUGGCCGUUCACGCAGGAAAGGCGAUGCCAAGGAAGCACGCAAAGGUGCUGUAGAAACAAAGGAAUCGGGCGCGAGACACACAUGCAACGAGUGCGGCAAGACAUACGCCACAUCGUCCAACCUGAGCCGCCACAAGCAGACGCAUCGCAGCCUGGACAGCAAGAUGGCACGCAAGUGUCCAACGUGCGGCAAGGUGUAUGUGUCCAUGCCAGCGCUGGCCAUGCACGUGCUCACGCAUGACCUCAAGCACAAGUGCAGUGUGUGCAGCAAGGCGUUCAGCCGCCCUUGGCUGCUGCAGGGCCACAUGCGCUCACACACUGGCGAGAAGCCAUUCGCAUGCGCCCACUGUGGCAAAGCCUUCGCCGAUCGCUCCAACCUGCGCGCCCACAUGCAGACACACUCUGCCUUCAAGCACUACCGCUGCAAGCGCUGUCACAAGACCUUUGCGCUCAAGUCGUACCUGAAUAAGCACUAUGAGUCGGCCUGCUUCAAGGGCUCCGGAGAUGAGGAUGAGUCCGGCUCUGAGAACUGAGCACCACACAUCGAGAAAAUGGAUGAGGAGGGAAAAAAAAUUCUACAUUUAAUUAAUCCUUCACUAAGCCCUUGUACACACACACACACACACACACAGAGAAACAAAUGCGCCUUUUCCCUUCCUUUUUUAGAAAGCAAUAUUUUCGCUGAGAUCACUUUGGGGAAGAAAAAGCAAAACAAUAAUGAGAAGACAAUAAUGAACCAAUGCUGGAUUUUUCUUCACUCUUAUUGCUAAAUGUCCACAGAUACACAAGAACAUACUCCAAGACUCUGUUUUUCUCUCUCUCACAUUCUUUCUCUUUCUCUCGCUUCUCUCUCUUAUACUCACACACACACACACACUUAUUAUGAGGCCUGGCAUGUGAAUUUUUAUCAAUGACUAUAAUAAUAAUAAUCAUAAAAAUAAUAAUAACAACGAUAGUAAUAAUAUUUAGAAUCCUGAUAUUUUAUAGCAAAUCAUAUGAAAACGAAACAAAAAAAAGGAAAACAGAAAAGGACAACAGUGUUCCUUCUUUUUUAGAAACAAACAAAAAAUGACCUCAUGUAUUUUUAUGCUGCUUUUUUUUGUUUUGCUAAGAGCUGAAUUCUUUUGCAACUGCCAACUUUUAUGACAAUGUCAAUAAUGACAGUAUUUGCAAAAAAAAAGGCCACUAAAAAGUUGAAAACUUUUUUUCCGCCAGUCUUUAGUAAUUUUAAUCCAACAGGUGUUAUUUUUCUAUUACGGUCCCAACCUCCAGCAUUUUAUUUAUUGUCUUUGGUUGUGCCAAUCAACCCGAUAUUUCAUCGAAGAGUGAUCUUUGGGAACGUGAGUGUUUUGAGGACUCUUCAGAAUAACAGUGUUUUUCUCACCAUGCGCAGAUAUCAAGGACUAAACAAGGAAGGUGUAACUUAAAGACACUUCCGGUUUAAAACCUGUUGCUUUCGGUCCUGUUUAACAGGAUGCAAUAUCUCAGUAUUUGAAUCAUUCUCACAAUUCACGGUGACUCUAACGAUGACAUUUAGAAGCAAUCUCAACCCACGAUGCAGGUCUUCCUCUGCCAUUUUGGCUCAAACUGACUCUUCAAGUGUUCCCUCUACCUGGAAAUACCCCCGCCCCGCAUUCUAGCUAUUACCUCACUAAGAGGCAGGUACGACCUCUGACCCGUCCAUCCCAAACUCACUGUCCAUCAUUCACCUCUGUCAAAACAGUGACCUCAUUUCUUACCACAUCAGUAUUAUUUUAUUUAUGUAUUUAUUCAUAUACUAUUUAUUCUUUUAUUUAUUUAUUUAUUUUUUCUUAUUUAUUGAUGUUAUUUAUUUAAUUUAUUCAUCUGUGUAUUUGGAAUACUAAAUACCACCAUUGACCUUGUAAGAUGCUGCUCUUGAAAGAAAAAUGUUUAUAUGCAUGAUGAAACUGUAGGAAAGAAAAAGUCCAUGUGACUUCUAGCAUUUUUCUUUUUGUCUUUUUUGUCUUUUAUUUUUAUUUUUUUUUUUUAAAGAGGAACAAUGUACACGUUUGAGAAGUUUGGAAUGAUACUUUGUUUCACAGGCAAUAAUUCUUCCUUGGCACGGCAAUGGACUUGUAUAAUCAUAGCUGUCCUGUCUGCAGACCACUUAGGGCAAUAAAUGAACGAGCCUGAACACAAACCACAAAGUCAUCCUCCAUCUCGUUGUUGUCAUUUUUAUUUGGGAUAAAUUAGCAUUGGGUUGGGAAAAUCAUCCCUCAGUGAUGCCUGGGCACACAUUGCACCCUGAUAGUAGCACCAACUUCAUUUAUAUCCAUAAACAUUACUCAUUUCAUCUCCAGUGUAAAAUAAAUCACAAUUAAACAAGCCGUUUUCAUUUUUAAGCCUGUAGUGACUAGCAGCGCUCUUAACGGCAAAAUAUGAGGUCGUUUAUUUUUUUCCCUAGUUUAUCAUUCAUUGUACCCAGGAAUUUCACCUAAUUAACUCUGAAUUAACACUGGUGCUGAUGCUGUGUAAUCGAGUAUCUACGCUUGACAUUCAGUCAAAUGAAUUGAUUACUAUUUACCAUUUGUCAUGUCGACACACUAUACAGUAUGAUGUAACAGUUUAUGAGGACAAUGACAAUAUCUACAGAUAUUCUACUAAAAUUCCAGUUGCAUUACAUUUUCCUGUUCAGAACCGUAUCAAACAGACAAACUGACUGAAUGUUAUUGAUAGUUUUAGGGCUUUAAUUCAGACAAUUCAUCCUUUUUUUUUUAUAGUUUCGCUUCAUGUCUAACUUUUAAGUAGUGCUAUAGACUCUGAACACUUAAGACAGUCCAAUUGUCUUUAAACAUUAUGAUUUCAGUGUCCAGUUAUUCUUUUAUCCAUGCAACAUUGUCAGUUUGCUAAAGACAGAUGAGAGAGGGUAAAUAACAUGAAAUAUGAAGUCUGUGGAAACCUCUGAGGCAAUGUGUCUAGCCCUGUAGCUAAACACUGGUCUGAUGAGCUGCCUCCAGCUAGACCAUUUACAUUAAUGCAUAUGAUCUGAACAACCAAUUCUGCUGCAGUAUUAAUUCUUUUUGGUCCUCUGAAAUAUUUUCAUCUGGUCCAUAUUCGAGUCUUAAACACGUCACUGCCUUCCUUUACCUGCCUUCCUUUUUAAGAAAACGUUUUCACAUCAUAUGGUGGAUCAUAUGGAUUUCAUUUUUCACAUAUGAUUUUUAAACAUGAUUCAUUUAAUUUGUCCCAUGUAGGUCAUGUGGUUCGAUUUUUCAUGUGAUGACGUACUAGUCACAUAAUCACAUGUAAAAGGUAUGUCAUUUUUUUUUUUCCUCACAGAAAGAUAAGUGAAACUUGCUCCAACUAAUUUGUGAAUCCUUGCAGAUGGGGUUAGAUAAAGUCUAUCAAACAAUCAACAUUUUCAGAUAUAAUAACGCUAAUGCUAACACUGAAUACAGUGCUGCCACAACGGCAUUUAAUAUCUUUGAUAGCGUUGAUGCCGAUCGAGCCGCGUGUACAAGAUUAAAGGAUAAAUAGUCUCAGUUAUAGCUAGGUCAUUAUGAUCAUUUUCAGUGUGUGUACUCUAUGUAUCAUCAUUUACCCCAAUCAGCGUCCUGCCUUUGAAGUCAGGCUGCUGAAAAUGAGCACUGAAACAACAACGAUUAUCAAGAUUACCUCCAUCCGUGGCACAUUUAGGCUGCACUUUUAUCUGCGCUACAGAUGGAAGAAAGCAAAUCAGAACAGGUCUCUAAAUGAAGUGGGGCAGGGGAUGAAGGUUUGUCCGAAGGAUAGCGAUGCUAUAUUUAAUGGCUUGUCUUGCAGAGAGAGGGAAUCUGACAGGUCAGAGAAACCUGCAGGCUAAUAAUCGAGCAUUACAGUGCGGUCUGUACGUGCACCUAGCUUUCAGCUGGUUUAAAGCGUGCUAAAAAUAAAACCUCAUGGAAAGAAGGACACAUACACUGUCUCAUUAUGUCCUCCUCAUCAGUGUUGAUGCCUCUGCGCUGUGAUGUGAAGCGUAGCUUCUAGACAGGCGGCGUUUGACGUUGGGUCAGGAACGAGGUUCAAAGCGAAUAUCUGUCACCGGUGACAGGGUGAAGUAAACAGAACAGUAACGACGGCACCGGUGGCGUGCAGCAGUGAGACACAAUUCUGUUCAAAUGCUGUGAUGUAGACACAGAGUGUAGUAUUAGGACAGUGUGGUGUUAUUAUUCUUUUCUAGAAAAUCCAGAUUAGAGCUCAGUGCAUUAAAUGAGGGAGUCUUAACUGAGUAUGAACGUCCUCUCCUUUUCAUUUACAUCUCUCUAUAGUUUUUUCCACUCGUAUCCCUUCUCUCUCUUUUCAUCCUGACCGUCAUUCUCUUCCUUGCUCGCUCUCUCUCAGGGUGAACAGGUGCUAGUGGACAGGCGGGGAGACAGAGAGAGAGAGUAAUUGAGGCUGAGUCUGACCUUGACGAGGAAGGUCGAGGCAGCAGCAGGCGAAUGCAUCGUCAGCGCUUUGCAUAUUCUAAAUCGGAUGACACAAUAUCCGUAAUAGUGCGAAACCCACGGGGAAUCAGAGAUGAGCUUCUCUGCCCAUCCCCUUGCCUCCCACCCUCCAUUCUCUCAAUCCAUCCAUCCACCCAUGCAUCCAUGACCUCUCUCUUAACAAUCGACUUUCAUUGUCCUCAAAUCAGUGUGGUUCAAGUCUGCGAGUGCAGCAACAGAGACAGCAUGUAGACUCUUUUCCUGCUCUCAGCUUCUCAGCCCAGUUCAUUACCCACCAAUGCAUCAUGUCUGUGAAUGAGUCAUUAUGUUUCAUCUUUCGCUCAUUUGUCUUUUUCUCUUUUUUUUUCUUGCAUACCAGCUUUCAAACCAUAAGCCUAAGAUAAAAAGCAAUGAUAAAACCCACUGAAUAAAGAAUUGUUUUAUUAUGCAAAGCCCUUAGUAACACGAAUAACCGCCUUUACAAGGACAUUUGAAGAUUUAUGACUAGCUUUACCUCUCUAUUUUACUUUGCAAUCAAAUUAUAAACCAUUUUUAAUGUAUGUCAAGCAAUGUCAGUAUGAAGAUGGGGAAUCCGGUCGACAUGUUGUCCAAAGGUCACAGUUAGCUCUUAAGGACUAUCACCAGAGGACUACCAACGGAAUUUCAUGGAAAAACAUUGUUCCUCUCUUUGAUGAACUUGUAAAUAUGUUUGUAAAUAUGUCACAGCAAUAAUACGAAACUGCAUGUGAAAAAAUAUCUGAUCCUUUUGCUUUUCCUCUUUUCUUAGAAAUUUUUUUUUUUGCUUUGUAUAAACUGGUACCAGUAAAAGCCUGGACAGAAAACACAAAAUCAGGGACAUGCCUUCUUUAGCUAAUUAUCUGCUGUCGGCUGCGUUGACCAGUUGUUGUCAACAUGGGAUCAUUCUCUGUAUUAGGAGAUCUGUUGAUGUUCUCUCUCUUUCUGUUUUUUUUCCUUCUGUCUUUUGUCUAAGUGCCCAGCUUGGCUGCGCAGUAAUGAAAAGUGCCAAAAAAUAAAAGUAUAAUUUCCAUAACAAAAGCCUUCGACUUAUGGCGGCCUUCUCACAAGCCUCCAUAUGGUCCUCAAGCGACAGAAUUUAGAUUUUCACUCUCCUUUCUUACUCUCCCCACACUCUCUUACUCUCUUCUUUUUUCAAAACAUGGGGAAAAAUGUUAAGCCAUGACUGAGAAUGAGUGGUUUGGAUUUUUUUCUUAUUUUUCUUUGUACCACUGUUAUUAGAAGUGGGGAUAAUACUGGUGAUGACGAUGAUGAUAAUGACAAUAAUAAAACCAAUAGCACAAACGA